AUGUCAUCCCAACGCCAGGCUUCCUCAGCCGCUCAAAUCCCCCACCUCUCCCCCGCCGAACUAUCCUACCUUUACACCUCUCUCUCUCUCCCCAACUCUCCAAUCCGACCAGACGGCCGCUCACCCACCCAAUUCAGACCCUUAAGCGCCGAAACAAACAUUCUCCCUGGUACAAAUGGGAGCGCGCGCAUCGGGUUCGCAGACGGUACGCAGGCGAUCGUCGGCGUCAAGGCUGAAGUAGAGAAGACAGUUCUUGUAUCUGAUACACUUGACGUGCAACAUGAGGGUCAGGCUGGAACUGGUAAUGGUAACGGAGAAGGUAGUGAGGGAUCCUCAUCUGCUGUGACGGGUGGACAUGGGUCAUGGGUGCAGAUGUCUAUUGAGAUUCCUGGAUUUCGGGACGAUGAUGCUUUACCUGUAUUUUUGGCUGAGAUGAUGAGAGAAAGUCUUGUUGGUUCCGUUGGUGUGAAGGACAAUGGAGAAGAUAACAUGGCUGGUGGAUUGAAGGGAAGAUUGGUUAUUAAUAAACGGUGGCAUUGGAGAUUGUACAUUGAUGUUCUCCUCCUCUCUCAACCCCUCUCAUACCCACUCCCCCUCCUCUCUCUAACAACACACCUCGCGCUCCUAUCCACCAAGCUACCCAAGCUCAAGUCAAAGGGUGAAGAAGACCCAUUCUUCGACGACGACUGGGCCGUCGCAGAAUACAUCUACCCCCGCGUCUCAGGAGCAUCCAACACAUCCCAAGUUCGACCGCCCGUAACCCUCCUCGUGAUCUCAGUAGGCGAAAAUGUGAUCUUCGAUCCAACCCGUGAAGAAAUCGCCGUUGCAGACGCUGUCCUCGCUAUAUCCGUCACGCGCGACAACGAAGCAAACAGCCUGCAACCACUGAAAUUACUCUCUAUCCGAACGAUUGAUCCCCCGUCCCGACUUACGCAGCCUGGAAUUCCCAAUUCGGAGAAUGUGAAUAUGCUCGGUGCUCCGGCUCCGAACGAGAAUAUGGCUGUUCUCAAUCCUGCGACGGGUGAGGAGGAAGUUCCUGGUGUUUGGAGGCCUAGACGUGGUGGUGUUAAGCGGAGCGUUAUUGCGGGGAUGGUGAAGACUGUGCUGAAGAAGGGUGGCGUUGGUGAGGAUGUUCUUUCGGGAUUGGAGGGUGUUGAGGUUUCAUGA